AUCGAUGACGACAGCAUACUUCAGUCACAGAGGACGCUACGACAAGAAGCCCGUCAUCUUAAAGGAGCUGAUGCUCACGGACGGAGACUUCACCGAGGAGCAGAGGAUCGAGCUCAAUCAGCUGCUGCGGAUCGAUUAUUACAACCUGACCAAGUUCUACGGCACAGUGAGGUUUGAGUACGGAGUGUUUGGAGUGUUUGAGCUCUGCCAGAGGGGUUUGUUUCAGUACAUUCUGAACGACAGGAUCUCUUAUCCCGACGAGACCUUCAUGGACAUGGAGUUUAGAAUCUCCGUCAUGUACGACAUCGCAAAGGGCAUGUCCUACCUCCACUCCAGUAACAUCAACAUGCACGGACGCCUCAAGUCCACCAACUGUGUGGUCGAUAAUCGGAUGGUGGUGAAGAUCACCGACUUCGGAUGUCACACCAUCCUGAGGCCGGGCAGAGUUGGCCAUUUGGCUUACACGCAAGAACCGCUCAGACGUGUGACAGCCCCGGAGCAUCUCCGUAAAGAUGGAGUGUCUCAGAAAGGAGACGUCUACAGCUACGCCAUCAUCGCUCAUGAGAUCAUGAUGAGACAGACUCCUUUCUACACACAGUACUGCUCGGACCCGACAGUGAAGAUCUACAGGGUGCAGUACCCCAGCGGGAUGAACGUCUUCAGACCAGACCUGGACUUUAACGGAGCCUCAGAGAGAGAGGUCGAGCUGUACAGUCUGAUCAGAAGCAGCUGGGACGAAGACCCCGAACGGAGGCCUGACUUUAAGAAAAUAGAGUUAACGCUGGGAAAGAUUUUCAGUAAUCUGCACAACCAGGCCACGGAGACGUACAUGGACAACCUGAUCCGCCGGCUGCAGAUGUACUCGAGGACUUUGGAGCGUCUGGUGGAGGAGAGGACGUCUCUGUACAAAGCGGAGCGAGACCGAGCCGACCGCCUCAACUUCAUGCUCCUCCCCGGGCCUGUGGUGCGUUCACUGAAAGAGACGGGGAAAGUGAAACCAGAGCUCUUCGAGGAGGUGACCAUUUACUUCAGCGACAUUGUGGGUUUCACCACACUCUGUCACUACAGCACGCCCAUUGAGGUGGUGAACAUGCUCAACCACAUCUACAAGCACUUUGACAGCAUCCUCGACCACCAUGACGUCUACAAGGUGGAGACGAUCGGUGAUGCGUACAUGGUUGCGUCCGGUUUACCUAAACGUAACGGUGACAGUCACGCCGUGGACAUCGCCCACAUGGCUCUGGACAUCCUGGCUUUUGUGGGGACUUUUGAACUGCAGCACCUGCCAGGUAUCCCUCUGUGGAUCCGGAUCGGCGUGCAUUCAGGUCCGUGUGCAGCAGGAGUUGUGGGGAACAAGAUGCCUCGUUACUGUCUGUUUGGAGACACGGUCAACACAGCAUCACGCAUGGAGUCCACAGGCCUGCCUCUGAGGAUUCACGUCAGUGGGUCGACCAUCAGCAUCCUGCAGAGGACAGACGGAAAGUUUGAGUAUGAAAGAGGAGAGACGUACCUGAAGGGCAAAGGCAAAGAGAUAACGUACUGGUUAACAGGAGUGACAGGAGGGAAUUACAACCUGCCGACACCACCGACAGCGGAGAACUUCCAGCAGCUGCAGCAGAAUCUGGCCGAGAUGAUCGUUUCCAGUCUGGAGCAGCGAGGAGAAGGGAGUGAGCGCUUCAAAAAGACCCUGUCCACGAGAGUCAGUCAGAGGGAGACCAACAGCGGCCUGCAGGGCGGCGACAGCCCCCCCGACUACUUCCACCUGGCUGUCACAGAUAACCCCAGCACCUACCUGUGAUCACAGCGGCGCUCUGAAAAGGAGUAGACGAUGUAGGCGUGGCUCUGUUCUGUCCAAUCAGAGCUGCUGGUCUGUGUGGACAGGUCACUUAAUUCAGCGUCCUGUGACAUCAGAGCAGCAGGGGACGGCUGCUGCAGCGCCACCCGUCUCUCUCUGCAUCAGGACGUGAACAUCAGACUGAACCACCCACAGACAUGAAAUAUAAAAUAUGUGGUAUAAAUAAGCUCCUUCUCUUUUUUUCUUGUUGGACUGAAACGUUUUCACUGCGGCUGUUUUCUACGUGAUGAACUGAGCUUUUUUAUAACAAACAUGAGAAAUGACCACAUUCAAAAAGCCACCACCUGGGGGCGCCAGAGUCAAAUAAAUCUACAUUCCUGAAGUAAAUAGAUGGAAAUUAUUUAGAUUUAACCAUGUUUUGGCCUUUCAGAUAAUAUUUUUCCAUGUCAUUAAAUCAUUUGUGUGAAGUGAUGUUUUUUGCAUUCAGUCAAAUGUUUUUGCAGUUGACCUUCAGGGCCACUGUAGAUUUACAUCUUUAAUUAGUUCUUAAUUCUUUUACAUCCAAACUGUAUUCAGCAAACUCCUGCAAACUAUCUAAAGUGCACAAAUACUAAAAUGUUGUCUCUCUCUGUCUCUGCCGCUUUUAGUUAAAAGUCUUUUUCCCUGUGGACAAUAAUAACUCACACACCGAGUGUACUCUCUCA